AUGAAGAAUGAUUCAGGAAACACAGCAUUGCACGAGGCGGUGCAGAAUCACAGGACUGCAGUUGCACUAAUGCUGAUCGAAGCUGAGCCAAAUUGUAUCUAUUUGUUGAAUGAGAGGAUGGAGUCACCGUUGCACAUUGCUGCAAGGGAAGGCCUCCUUGAUGUUGUUGUCAAGAUCGUUGAAAUACCACGCGUGGAAAAUCAGCUAAACCCCUAUGAAACUUUUAGUGGCACAGCUCUUCACCAAGCAGUUCUUGGCGAUCAUAUCAGGAUCAUGAAGAUAUUACUAAAAAGGAGGCCGGAGCUAACAGACCGAACCGACUUGUCAGCAAAUAAUGCCCUGCAUUACGCGGCAGAGAGGAACAGGGGUGGCAUGGUGAAGAUACUGCUCAACAAGCGCAUUGAACUCGCGUAUAGGAGGAACAAAGAUGGUCAUCCCCCGUUGCAUGUCGCCGUCCGUUAUGGCUCAACACAGGCCAUCAUGGGGAUUCUGAGCAAGUGCCCUGACACUGCCGAGAUGGAGAUGCUAGCGGAUGGCUUAAACAGGAAUGCUUUCCACAUCGCCGUCGUGAGCGACAUGGUGGAUUCUCUCAAGUGCCUGCUGAAGCAUGUGCACUCCAAGGGGAUUGUGAACCGGGCUGACCAAGAGGGCAACACACCGCUGCACCUAGCUGUCAAGCUCGGUCGGCCGCAAUCGUCUCGCCUACUGCUCAGGGACUGGAGGGUGGAUCCAUGCCUUGUCGACCGGGAUGGCCAGACCGCGCGAAGCCUGAUUGAGGGACAACAAAUAUUACAUAGCUCAAUGAUACACUUGUGGAAGGAACUCAAGAAGCAAGAGUAUUAUAAGUGCAAAAACAAACAGAUACCACCAAUCAGAACACCGGAUUGGUGGAGUGAGUUUAGCCGAUACAUCGAGGUUAGGAUGGGGACGUACACUCUCGUAGCGACUCUAAUUGCCACUGUUACCUUUUCUUCCACAUUCACCAUGCCCGGAGGUUACGACCAGCAGAACGGCACGGCUGUUUUAGGCCACCACGCAGCAUUCAAAUUGUUCGUCAUAGCCAACACCCUGGCAAUGUUAAGCUCAAUCAUCGUCGUCUUCGCCUUCAUUUGGGCAAGAAGGGAGGUGCAAGACUUUAGGAGCAGCCAGGUGGCGUGGAGCCACUGGCUCACGGUCAUUGCUUGCCUAGCUAUGGUCGUGUCAUUGACCACAGCCGUAUAUCUCACCGUUGUGGACAAGUCGGCAUGGCUUGCAUAUUUCGUGAUUGCAAUGGGUUGUAGCACUCCAGCCGUCAUGUUUGUGAUGUUGGGGAAGGAGGUGUUCACCACACCUGUGUAG